UAAAUGAGUCGAAAAAGAAAGAUGAAAAGAACGCCAAAAAGAUAUUGCAGUGGUUGGGUGAGCCUAAUAGAGGUUCAAACCUCAGACAACAAUCAAAUCUUUCAUUUUUCAAGCCCAAAGCUUCUCCCUGUUCUAAAACCCACAAGCCAAACUCUAGUUCAUAAGCUGGUGGUCAUCCAGCAGCUGCACCGCUGGAAGGCUUGGACUUGUUUCAGAAUGUUACGAAUCCAACUGAAACUACUGUUGAUGUUGAUGAGAUGAGGUAAAAAAUAAUGGAAAAUGUGAUGAUUGACAUUCAAAAAGCAGCAGACAUACAAAAUGAUGCUUUUACUAAAGUGGUAGAAAAGGAAAGGGAACUCAGGAAAGAAAGACUGAAAGGCAAAGAAUGGCAGUCAAGAAAUGAAGCUCUUCAUGGAGCUUGGACAACAGAAAUACGGACUAUUUUCGUUAAUGCCCAACUCAAGAGGAGAAGUCAGUUUCAUAGUGUGUGCACUGUGUGCAAGAAAAGUGGCCGAAUCCUCGUAUGCUGUUAUGAUUGUAAGCAACAUUUAUGCUGGGAAUGUGAUUAUGCAUUCCAUUUUUUCAAUCCACUUCAUGCCAGAGUUUAUAAAACAAGUAAAAACUACUCAACUGAGCAACUAUUACCAACCGAGUUUAUGAACGAGUUUGGUCAAAAAAUUGAGAAAGGUGUUGGAGUUGUAGCUGGACACUUGUGUAUUAAAUACCGGAACCAACGAUGUUAUACUGUUAUCACAGUUAAAAAGGAAGGUUCGAUUUAAAGUCUGCCAGUUUCAGCUGCACUUCUUGCGUGUAGGGAGGCCCUCGAUGAAGAGUACGUUUAUUCAGAAUGGCUACCAGGUAAACCAGGAAAGGAUAAGGAAGAACCUGCUAAUCUCUUUUUUGAUGAACAUCUUUUGGAUACCUGUACGAAAUUCAAAACAAUACUCCUGGAACAUCACAAGAAAUGUUUCUGAGAAGUCUUUCUCAAAUGUCUACUCAAAAUGGCCAGGUAAUCUUAAAUUUAACUGAACUGAUUUAGCAAACAAUAACCUUAAUAUAUGA